GGACGCUCUUGUUUAGCGUAGAAGCAAUCAGGUACGUCGAUAACCCUGUACCAACCUUUCCAGGGGAUCCGUACUCUUUACAGACAUGCCCAAUAGACCGAAAAAAGAAAAGACGACGACGAAGGCUACAGGCAAUGCAAAACCUCCCGGUAAGGAGACCGGUGACAAUGGAGAAAAUGAGGCCUCCAAAAAGAAGGCGCAACAAAAUGCAGCAGAAACUCAUCCACCACCAACUGCAAUAGCCAAGAUUAAGUACCCUGGGCCACCACACAUAAAGCGGGAUAAAAGACAGAAUUCGUCACGUUUUAACAUAUCAAAGAAUAGAGAGCUUCAAAAGUUACCGCUUCUCAAAGAUGCAACUCCAGCAGAAAGGGAGGAAUUGUUUAUUCAGAAAAUUCGUCAGUGUUGUGUACUGUUUGAUUUUGUUCAAGAUCCACUUAGUGAUUUAAAAUGGAAGGAGGUUAAAAGAGCGGCCCUGAAUGAGAUGGUGGAGUAUGUAACCCAGAACAGAGGAGUGAUAACGGAGAACAUCUACCCAGAGGCCAUCCACAUGGUAAGUUUUUCAGGUAACUUAUUCAGAACAUUACCACCGUCUUCUAAUCCAAGUGGUGCUGAGUUUGAUCCUGAAGAAGAUGAACCCACACUUGAAGCAGCAUGGCCACAUUUACAGCUUGUAUAUGAAUUUUUCUUACGGUUCCUCGAAUCACCUGAUUUUCAGCCUAACACAGCAAAGCGAUAUAUAGACCAAAAAUUUGUUUUACAGUUACUGGACCUGUUUGACAGUGAAGACCCCCGUGAACGUGAUUUUCUUAAAACAAUUUUGCAUCGUAUAUAUGGAAAAUUCUUAGGUUUGAGGGCUUAUAUAAGAAAACAUAUAAACAACAUUUUUUACAGUUUUGUAUAUGAAACAGAAAGGCAUAAUGGCAUAGCAGAAUUAUUAGAAAUUUUAGGGAGUAUAAUAAAUGGCUUUGCAUUACCAUUAAAAGAGGAACACAAGAUAUUUUUGUUGAAAGUUUUGUUGCCGCUCCAUAAAGUGAAGUCACUCAGUGUUUAUCACCCGCAGCUGGCGUAUUGUGUUGUACAGUUUUUGGAGAAGGAUCCAAGUUUAACGGAACAGGUUAUCAUGGGGUUAUUAAAGUUUUGGCCAAAAGUUCAUAGUCCAAAAGAGGUAAUGUUCUUGAAUGAGCUGGAAGAGAUUUUAGAUGUGAUAGAACCAGCAGAGUUCACCAAAGUAAUGGGACCAUUGUUCAAACAACUAGCCAAGUGUGUCUCAAGUCCACAUUUCCAGGUGGCAGAGCGGGCUCUGUAUUUCUGGAAUAAUGAGUACAUCCUGAGUCUUAUCAGUGACAACGCCAGCACCGUCCUCCCCAUCAUGUUCCCUGCACUGUACAAAAGCAAGGAACACUGGAACAAAACAAUUCAUGGAUUGAUAUAUAAUGCACUUAAGUUGUUUAUGGAAAUGAAUCAAAAACUUUUUGAUGACUGUACACAACAGUACAAAGCUGAGAGGCAAAAAGAAAAAGAAAGGCACAAGCAAAGAGACGAUGCAUGGAAUAAAAUAAACAAUUUAGCUCAGGACAAUCCUCAGUACAAAAUCGUGAUGACAUCAGUGGUGUCUAACAGCUCAGGGUCCACUAUGUCUCCGCCCCUAAAUAACAUCACAGAUGAGGAAGGAGAUGUGAUUGUCUCUAUGGAGAAACUAGAAGCAGAGGCUAAGGACGCAAAGAACUCUCUUUCAAGUAUUACUAAUUUAUUCAGAAGAAGAAAAAAGACAAACCACUCCUCCGGCGCAAGUCAGAACUCCCCCACGACAUGUCCAUGAUCAAAGCUCUAGAAACCCACAAACGCAGUGAUGAGUUUUUAGUCACCUCAUCAGAACAGAAUUGAUGUUAGCCUACAUGUGGUAGUGGAGAUGUAUUUAACUGGGUUUUUUUUUAAUUAACUUUUAAAAAGGACCCUGUGACUAUUUUAAUGGCUAUUAUCAGUCAUGUUAUUUAAAAAUGUAAACUGUACUAUAUUUCUAUCUCACAAACAUUUUGUCACAUUGCUGUGGAAGCAGAGGAGGUAAGAGAAAUAUAAUCUCAUUGUGAAAGGUGGUACAGUAAUAUUGGCCAAAUAACCAUGCAAAGUGUGUUAAUGAUCAUUUAAAUAAUGCUAUACUGACAGACAGCGCAACUAGCUUGUUUACCAUUUAUUAACUUAUUUUAACCGCAGUCUUAAUAUUACAAAUUGGAGUUUAAUGUUCUAUCGGUUACCACCAUUUUCUUAUUUAAUUAACUAAUCACUUAAAGAGAUAUCGUAUUGUUACAGAGAAUAGAAUCAUUGUAAUUAACAUCUGUGUUGUGCUAAUAAAAAUCAGCACCUAUCACUAAUAUUUUUAUAAAGAUGUUAUUUCAUGCCUAGAGUAGAGAUUCUAGACUUGGUCUAUCAAGAAAGGUUUUUUUUUUUCAAUAUUUUAACCUAGCACAUGCACCUGGAAGUUCCAUAUAGUGCCAUUUUUAAAGAUAAAGUUUUAGUUUUAAAAUUGUUUUUUUAAACAGUCGUGUUGUUUUGAAUUUAAUGUGAUCAAGUUAAGAAUUAUUUUCUUUUCAAGAUGUUAAUGUACUGAACUUACUGAAGGGCCAUUUGUAGACUUUUUGUAUAACAAAAUAUAUCUAAGCUUGGAGGGAAUAUGAUUCUCUUUUCACACUUGUUUGUAGUUUACUCAGAGUUAUUUUUUUUUUCUGUAUGUAUUAAGAAAGUAAUAUUAAGGAUUCUAUGAUUUUGGAGUAGAAAAUAUUUUAACGUUUUGAUUACUUUUAAUUUUUAUUGUUAUGCUAUUGUAAAUAGAGCUGAAUAAACUUAAGAAAUUAAACGUGAUACAUUUUUACCUUUAUUAUUGUACAGAGAUGCAUUUGGACAAUAUUUCUCUCAUCACUAACAUCAAAAUCAUCCAGUUUCUACUGAAUUUCAGAUGGAUUUUCUUACUGUUAUAUUUCCAGUGCAGUAGUGUAUCUUUUUCUUCCAGUGAAGCAUAGUAUAUUUCUUGACUAUUGUUAUCUACUGUAACACAUGUAAUAAUUAGCUUGAAAUGUUUCCUCUAGCCCAGCCUAGAAGGAGUAUCUUUAAUUUCUGAUUCUCUUUGCAACAUGCACUUUUUUAAAGUGUUUAUUUUCAGCAUAAUUUAACCACAUCUUACAACCACUAGUAUAAAAUAAAAUAUUUACAAACAUAGGUAAGCGUCUUUUUUUUUUUUGUUAAAAUAAUUUGCAUAUUAAAGUUUAACUUGUAACUAUAUAAAGCAUUACAGUAUUGUUUAGGUAAACAUCCUAUUUUACAAGGUCAAAAGCUCAAAGUCCAGUUUUCUGAUUUUUGUUAGAGAAAAUAUAAUGGGACCAAUCCACGAAUAGAUUUUUAUUGGAGUAAAGGAAAUAGCAUACAAGCUAUUCAUCUGGCUAAAAAAAAUACUAGAAUUUGUCUAAAUUUUAAAUUACAUAAAAUUUUACAUCAAUUUAAACCUUCUUUACUUAGAAUAGAUGCACAUUCCACUAGUGUGAUAAUUGAUAUCAGUGUAGAAAAUGCAUAAUUUUUUUAGUCGUGUUGGAAUCAUGAUAACAUGCAAAAACUCUGAAAUGAAUUGUUUUGGCUUGAAAAGUUAAGUGAAAAUGGUAAGAGCCAAAAUAACAUAAAUUACACAGAUUUUGUGUAAUUAUUUUUCAUCAACACAAAAUAUACUAAAAAUAAUUGUAGAAUGUCUUCUAUGCUGUAUGUAUUUUAUUUUAAAAAAAAAGUAAUUGGUUUUUUUUUUGUGUGCAUGCUAAGUAUAACUGAACACUUGUUCUGCAUUUGACAAGGGGGUAUUCAUUUCUCAUCUCACUGUACCUUGGUCAUGAACAUAGUCUUGAUAGCAAGAUGUUGCAAGCUUUAACACACUAACAAGCAACUUCGGUGUAAUAAUAACAAUGUUAGCUCUUAGGAAAUGUGUUUACAAUGGUAAAAUUCUUACAUGUUCUGUUUUGCUUCUGUAGAAACAGUUGAAGACCUAAUCUUAUUAUAUUUUAAUGUUUAUGACAUUUUUAUGUGCUAAUGAAAUUGUUCUGGUCACUUGACUUCCCUUAUUAUUAUUGUCAAAUCUAUUCCCAUUUGUUAUGAUCUACCAGAAAAAAAAAAAUUUAGUAGAUGACCCUGUUGGUUAAAUCUAACACCUGGGUGAUAACUAUAACUUUUAUUUUUGCAAAUUUUGUUUUUACUAAGUCCAACAAUUUGUUUACAACGUUUACUGAAUUGGAAAAAAUCCAAAUGGUUAUCUCAUAGCUGCCAUAAAAAUAAUUGAACAGAAAUACCCUGAGGCUGCCUAUAUCUAAUUUCCUAAAUAACUUGUAUUAUUAAUUGCAUAAAGUAUAGUAUUUAUCAGUUAUCUUUUGUUAGCCAGGAAUGUUUGUGACUGAAAUUAAUACAUGUUUGUAUGAUAAUGUAGAUUUGUUAUGAAUAUCUCUCCAUCUGAAAUGAUGAAAUAAAACAUUUGUUUUUA